AUGUCAACUGAUGUGUCUCAACCUGAUGUUUUUGAAGCUGCAGCUGCUGCUACUCUGAGCAUCCAUCCAGGCAGGUCAGUCUUCUUUUAUUAUGAAACCGUGACUCUGAGCUGUACAGUGCCAGGCAACUUCAGCAGCUGGACAGUGAAGAGAAACACCUCCACAAGGUCUUCUGUUUCAUGUGAAACCUGGGGCCAAUUAAAUGGAUCAUCCUGCACCAUCAAAGGUGUCUACCCAUCAGACAGUGGAGUGUACUGGUGCGAGUCUGACAGCAGGGAGUGCAGCAACACCAUCAACAUCACAGUGACAACUGGUGUCAUCCUGCAGGGUCCUGCUGUUCCUCUGACUGAGGGAGACAGUGUGACACUAAACUGCUCCUAUAAGGAAAAAUAUGCAAAGGAGUCUACGUCCAAUUUCAGUACUGCUUUCUACAGAAAUGGUACUUUUUUUGAAAAAAAGCCUGAAGGAAGGUUGGGCCUUAUCCAUGUGUCCAAGGAGAACGAAGCCUUCUACAAGUGUGUUCAUCCCACAAAAGGACAGUCACCAGAGGUUUGGCUGGAAGUGAGAGAGAAUAAUAUUCCCAUGACCACCCCUGAUCCUGAUCCUGAUCCUACUCCUCCGAUCGCUCUGCCCAAACUUUUGAGCACCAUCCUGCUGUUCAUCCUCUACACCUGUAUACUCAUACUGGCUGUGUACACCUACAGGAAGUGGGCUCAAGCUCGAGCUGAGGCUAAAAGGAAAUGGCCUGAUCAUCUCUAACUUGAGUGCAGGAAGAAGAUGAUCAACAAUCAACAUAUCACUGGGAUUAAAGCAAUAGUCUUACACUGAUCCUUUCAACCUUAAUAACCUCUCAGCAGCAAUGAUGUUCGAUUUUGUAUGAAUCUAAAAUUAUAUAAACUGAACAGAAAACUGUCUCAUUUUCGCAUUUGAUGAGUUUUAUCUUUAAAGGACAAAUUGAGUGUCACAAUGUUAUGAAGAAGCACUCUGAGAGUGCAAACCUUCACCAGUGCCGCUCACGCUCCAGGCUGCAUUUGUUUUAUAUAGGAUUGUAUAUACAAACUAGUAUAUUGUCUUUUAUAAACCUGUUGUAAGAGAUUUGUCAAAUACUUCUUUAAUUUAUAAUUUGUCCUGUGGUUUAAUGUAUCAUUUUAUGCAUCAGUGUCUGUCUGUAUUACUGCUGUUCUAAAUACAUCAAAAAAUAUAUGUUCUUACUUUUAGAAACAUUACUCUUGUGUUACUCUGUAACCUGGCAUUAACUAUCUGCUGUGGUAAGUGGGAUGAAGAAAUAACCAGUAACCAGGCAGAUGUGCCUUUGACAUCAAAAAAUUUGAAAAAUAGUCUCACAAAUGUCCUCAUCAGCAUUGUGUCUGUCUCCACCUUGUGGGCAUUUUUACACUUGUUGCUUAUUUUAAUGCAAUCUGAACAUUUUAUAUAAAGUAAUUAAAAUACUUAUAAUGUUGGUUUAGAAAGUUCCUUUCAUAAAAGAUGACCCAGCGUC